UCUUCUAUUUUCUAUAGGGCUUGAUUGUGGUUUUUGAAUCAAAGGUUUAGUUGUAGUUUAGAGUUGGAGAAUUGGAGAAAUUUUUGUGGAAGAUAAAAUUGCUCUAUUUAUGAGGUUAUGAAAGAAGAAGAAAGGAGGAAGAAAAAAAAAAAAAAAAGGAAACCCUAGAGAGGUGACCACACCUCCCCCUGACUCAAUCUUCUUCUCCGGCGGUGAUCAUUCAGAAACCUCAAAGCAGCUGCAGCGACUCCACGCACGGAUCAAGCUCGUUUUCUUCCUCUCUUUACCUGACGUGCACGAGAGGCGAAAUUCUUCCUCCCUCCCCCACGUUUAUCCUUUGGCGAACAACGAACCACCACGCGACCAACAACGUCUUAUAGACUCCGGGAACCCAUCUUCGCGCAAUCUCACCCACGAAUCUGACCUGAAACACGAGACCCACUUCAAACAAGCUUCACAGCAGCGUUCCUCACUUGUUCGACGAGCUUUGGUAUUGACCCACACUCCGAUUGGCUUCAAAUUAGUGUACACAUAACGUUUAAGGUUCAGAUCUGCAAGUUCGGAUUUUUUCGAAAAUCAAGCAGCGUGUUUCGGAGCAUUUCCAGUAAGCUUCGCGGAAGUAAAUGACUACUCAGUUCUUUGUUUGUGUGGAGACACAUUAGCAAUUUAUGUUUAAAGCUAUAAUUUGGAAGGAGAAGAAUGGAGGGCAACAUAUGUGACGUGAAUCACCUCAAUUCCGAUGUUCUGUUACCUCCAAGAAAGCGUCUUCUUGCUGGCUUGAGAAAGCAAGGUGGCGAUGGCGAUGGUACUUUUAAUCUGCCACCAGUUGCCUCCUCCACUUGUUCUCCUCCUCCUUCUCCUUCCUAUGGCUUCACAUCUAUUGAAUUCAAUAUACGGCUUAACAGUCUGUUGAGUGCCCAUUCAAAUUCUAACCUAUCACCUGAGGAAAUAGUGGAGGCCUCGAGAUCAGCUGCUGCUGCAGCUGUGAAGGCUGCAGAGGCUGCUAGGGCAGCAGCUGAAGAGAAGGCUGCGAUUGCAGCAAGGGCUGUUACAGUUGCAAAGAGUGCCAUGGACUUGGUUGCCUCGAUUUCUGAAGAAGCAGCUUAUAAAGAAAUAAAUCUGAGAAAGAACAAGCUGAAGAAACAUGUCCCAGUUCAGUUUCUGUACACAAAAUAUCAACCUCUUGAGAAUACUAAGACAGAUGAAGAGUUAGCUCGCAAAUUGCAUCGGGCAAUAAACAGCUCCCCUAGAAUUUUGAAGAAUUCAUCUGGUUCUGAUGUUAGAAGCCACAAACAUAAAAAGUUGAAAAGCUCAACCAGCUCUGAGAAAAUUAGGGUUUCCAAUUGUGGCAUCUCACAGGAUUUGGACCCUGCAACUACGUGCAAUGGGCAUGCUAAAUCUAACGAGGCUGACUCUGUGUGUAGCUUCCAGGAGGUAUACAAGCCCAAACCUGAUGAGAAGACUAGUAAAUAUGAGAAGAACAAUCAGUCUCUGACGGAUGAUGGAGAAGAGACAAGUCAGAAGGAGAAAACGUGUGAUGAUAUUAGUGUCACUAUUAAAAAGAGGGGAAGAGUAAAGCUUAAAAAAUUGCCCUUGAGUAUUUGUUCUUUCAGGGACAAGACAACUCUAAAGGAAGAUAUGAAUAAUGGAAGUUCCCCAAUAUUGACUGUGCAAAACAUGGGGUCUCCCACAUCUGAAAAAGUUAUUUUACAUUCUGUAGAUAGCCCUACCGAAGGUGUGAUGCCAAUAGAUUCUACAUCAGUAUGGAAAUGCCAGGAGUUUAAAGCUCCCCUUUCUGUCAAACAAAAUAAAGUUGUGCAGUCAUGACUGGAAAUGACAUGUGGUAAAAGGUUGCUGCUAAUAGAAAGUUGAUAGUUGAGGUAGGAUCCUUGCAACUUUUCUUAUAGAAACGACUUUACUCCAUCUGUCUUCCUUUUGAUCCGCAUGUCUUGUUUCACGAUGAACUGGGAUAGACCAAUUGUAAAUUUUAUAUUAUGUGUUUGAAUAUUCUCCAGAGUUGAAAGAUAUUCUUUACGACACAGAGCUUGAAGUCCAAAUAAGUGAGGGAGGGUUACAAUAAACCGAAUACUCGAACACUCCUUGUUUUUCAGGAGGCAUUUUUGUCUUAAUUUCAUUAUAUAUACUGAAUAUACUAAAAAGCAAUCCCCGUGUAUCUGUAGGUAAGAUCUGUAGAUGGUUGUUUUCGUGGUCCUACUACAGUUGUAUCAAUAUAUUACUCAAUGAUGUCCUCAUUUAUAGGAGUUGUGGAUUGAAAGAAAUUGAAGAAAAUUCCAAACAAUUGUGUUUGGUACUUGUGGAAAGGGUGAAGUGUUUGUUUGUUUUUGGUCAUCUGGUUUUCUACAUUUUUCAUAGCUUUGUUAUUGUUGAUUAAAUAGUAUUAAGAUUGUAUUCUCUAGAUCUUCUUUUCCCCUUUAAGAGGAGGAUGCCCUAUGCCCUAUCCUCUUGUGGCAGUGUAAUUGCUCUUAUUAUAUAUAAAUGAAAGCUUCGAUUUUUGUUAUCGAUA